GUCUUGUUGUCUAGACAGAAACUCAUUUGUUACUGGAAGAGUGACAUGUAAACAGUAGAAAUUUUAUUAAAAAAUAUUUAUAGUCACAUGGUAUUUAGCAUAAAAGUGUUUAUUGUGAAAUUACAAUUGUUUAUAGUGGAUUUAAUAUUAGUUUUUUUUUAUGUUGGUUAAUUUUUAUGGUUAACUUCACCGGGAUUUAAUAAAAUUAUUUGGUGCGAUGUGAGAAAAUUUUCGGAAAAUCUACGGAAAUGUAUUACGAAGUAUUUUGAAGAAAUUGAGAAUAUGUGAAAAAAUAUGGAGUGUGGCGUCCAAAGUGCAAUGCUGAGCGUACCUCCUGUUGGAGAAACGGGAGUACAGCAGACUUUGCCUGCCGUCUACUCGCCCACAACUGCCGAUCAAGCCCAAUUCGAAGCUGACAAAAGGGCUGUCUACAAGCACCCACUAUUUCCACUUCUGGCUUUACUAUUCGAAAGAUGCGAACUCGCCACUCAAUCGUCAGAUCCCCAGUCUAGCGAUGCUUUUAAUCUGGAUAUUCAAGCGUUUGUGCAACACCAGGAACGCGAUAGGAAGCCAUUUUUGGCAAAUGAACCGGAAAUUGAUGGACUGAUGAUUAAAGCAAUACAGGUCUUAAGGAUACAUUUAUUAGAAUUAGAAAAAGUUCAAGAGUUAUGUAAGGAUUUCUGCAAUAGGUAUAUCACUUGUUUGAAGGGAAAAAUGCAAUCUGAAAAUUUACUUAGGUCGGAUUAUCCUCAAGACGUAUUAGGUACUGGUUUGCUGAAUAGUAUGGAAAAUAAUAACAAUAGUAUGCUACCACAUGGUAAUUCAGAAAGCGGUUCUGCUUCAAAUAGUCCUGUGCAAUAUUCGAUCAGUCCUCCACAACAAGUACUCCCCAACCCAGCUAUGAUCGAACGACCCAUCGACGUUCCAGCCGCCUAUCCGAUGCCUCCCUACGGAAGCAGUAGCGGCCCUACGCCACCUCUGCCAUCCUCUCAACCUCCUCCACCGGAGAACCUCAUAGUACACGGUUCUACGCCGUUGGGACAAAUAGGAGCUAAUAUAUGUCCUUCUGUUGCUCCUAGUGACAGUUCGGGGGGGGCUCUGUCUCCCGCGCCCACCACUCCCGGAGGUUCAGCCGACGACUGUGAUAGUGAUUUUAAUUCUAGAGGUGGUAGGAAGCAAAAGAGGGGGGUGUUACCAAAGCAUGCUACUAGCGUGAUGAGGUCGUGGUUGUUUCAACAUUUAGUGCACCCAUACCCGACGGAAGACGAAAAACGUCACAUAGCCGCCCAAACGAAUCUGACUCUCUUGCAAGUCAACAAUUGGUUCAUCAAUGCCAGACGUAGAAUUUUACAACCAAUGUUGGAUGCCACUACACCUUCAGAUACCAAUAGCGCCACAAACUCCCCGAGUCAUAAAAAGAAGAAGAGUCACAAUAAUAAUAGGAGGUUUUGGCCGCAAGAUUUCGCUAAUAUGCCCGCUCAAUUGGAUAGCGGCAUAUUGUCAAGUUCAGACGAUGAAGGCGAUUCUUACAGCAGCGAUGGCGAAGAAGGUAGUUUAGUCAUAGAUGCGAAUGCUCAGAGUGGUGAAGUUAACCAACAAAACGGUCAUCCGGUAGACGUUUUAGGCUAUAACAAUAGUCCGAAUGCUGCUAGCCAGUGAAACUGUCGAAAUAUUUCAUGUUCCUUGAUGAUAAAAGCUUGUAGGCGCGGAGAUGACAUUGACCAUCGUUUGAAUUCAUUUUACUACGGUUUUAAAUGUUUUUAUUUUAAAUUAAGACAUUUCUGAUGAACAAUUUAAUAAUUGACGCAAAAAUUGAUAUUUUUAUGUCAAAACUUUUUUCAAAAAAUUCUUAUAGUGAAUUUUAUUUGUUGUAAGUUUUCAGCACUAAUCGCUUUUGAUUUUUUCAGUGUAGCUUCAAAUAUUUGACACAUUUUUGAGGGUAGCACAAGUAUGACAGUUCGAAUACAGUGUCUAAGCAGUUUUUGACUUGAUUGUUUAUCAGAAAUAGUAUUAUUUGAAAUCGUUAUGUUAUUUAUUGAAUUUAUUGUAAUUUAAUUGUAAGAAUCUCUACGAAAAUCUCUUAUAUAUAUAUUUUUAGGUAAAAUUUUUUACUUUUGACAUUCCAAUUGACGUAAAAAUGACAAUUUCACCGAAAGUGAAUACAAACGAUACACAACUACGUUUAAAAAGGCUGAUUUAGAUCAUAUAUAAUAUUGUUUUGUUGUAUUAUUUAAUGAAACCAGUAUACGUAAUAUAUACCUCAGAUAUAUAAAAAACAAUUCAACUACGAGACGUACGCGAAAAGUAAUAAUGUUUUCUAGUUCAUGUGUAUACGCCAUUUUAAAUUCUAAUGCUCAUUUCAGUAUUAUAACUGUAAUUUUACUCUUAACUUGUACAUGCUAAACUGUUGAAUGUUAUUAUAUUCGUAACAAAGUGAUAUAUAAAUUAAACUUAACACGUUAAGCGCCGUGAGUUAUAAUGCGCGUUUCUCCCAGGUUCUUUUAUGGCGUUUAACGUGUUAAUUAAUUUUUUUAGUAUGAUAGAUGAUUUCUUCUUUUUUUUUGGUAAAAACAAGUACGUUUGUUUAUGAUAGGAAGGAGAAAUUAAAUUGAAGUGAUCUAUUUAAGUUAGUUUUGAAAAAAAACUGCAUUUACUUAUUUUCCACAAUUUUCUCGAUGGUUGAAGUGAAAAAAUAAAUUUGACAUUUAAGGAAUGAAUGAGGGAAACACCUGUCAAUUUUGUUACCAAAUGGGACACCUGCAAUUAAUACUUUUAACACUUGUGGAUCAACUUUCUAGGAGAGGUAAAUGUUAGUCUUAAAAACCUAAAAGGGGGUCAAGUGGCACAUCAUUUUAAAGGGCGUUCAAUUCUCUUUCCAAUGGUACUCUAAUUUAUUAUUAAUUUCGUUUGUAUCUAUUUAAUUAUUAUUUUUUUGCUGAAGCUCUGUUACUGUUUCCCAGGAUCAUUUUAGGAUUGUUAAUUGGAGUGAAUGGUCGAGUGUAUUUGUAUUAAUUCUUUUUCUGUUGUACUUUGAGAAUCUGUGAAUAAAUAUUUAAUAAGUUUCAGAGGAUUCUUUUGUUGUUUGUGAUAAUAGAGCUUUUAUUUUAUACAGUGGUGUUGCAUGAAGUUGGAUCCAUUCAAUUCUGCGUUUUUAUAUGCUUAAAAUAGGCCUAUAUUGAAGUUGGUUAGGUAACUGUAUUAAUUAUCGGUCAAAUUUUGUAUUUUUUUAAAAAAUAGUUUUUUAAAUGUCAAUUUGACAGAAAAGUAAUGUCAGUAGUUAUUUUAAGUUUUUAAAUAAGCAGAGAAGUUUAAUUAAAAUUGUAAUAUAAAAAAAAUCUCAUAUGGAUCUGACUUUAUGAAGCACUGUAUAAUGCACACAAAAUAUACAGGGUGGGCCAUCAGUAACGCCUGGGUUUGUAAAGAUGAGACUAUAUGAUUUUUUUUAUAUUUGUUUUCACAACAAAAUGCGACAAAUU